AUGGAUGUGUGUGGUCGUGCUAAUGGACUGGGGAUGGAAUUAUUGAACCGGUACAACUACAAGGUAUGGAAGACCUGUUUGGAGUCCUACCUUGUUGGCGAGGAUUUGUGGGAGGUUGUCAAUGGGAGUAACACAAAUCCUCCUGCCGAUGCACUGGAAAAUAAUGACGCACGUAAGAAGUGGAAGCAGAUUAAUGCCAAGGCGGAGUUCAUCCUGAAGAGGUCCAUCUCUCCCAGUUUAUUUGAUCAUAUUAUAAGGUGUAAAUCAGCUCAUGAAAUAUGGAGGACCCUUGAUCGUUUGUUCAACAAGAAGGAUGAAGCUCGGCUACAGAUUUUGGAGAACGAAUUGGGCAACACCAUUCAAGAUAAUCUUUCUAUUGCUGAGUACUUCUUGAAGAUUAAAAACUUAUGUUCUGAAAUAUCUCUAUUAAAUCCGGACAAGGCUAUUUCUGAAGCACGAAUGAGAAGAAUUAUCAUUCGUGAUUUGAAGUCAAAAUAUAUUCCUUUUGUUACAUCAAUUCAAGGAUGGGCUCAACAACCAUCCUUAGAGGAAUUUGAGAAUUUGUUAUCGUCACAGGAGUUAUUAGCCAAACAGUUGGCUGGUGUAUCUGUCAAAGAAGGUGAAGGAAAUGCAUCUUUGUUGGAUAUGACGAAAGGAAAAAGGGCUGGAAGUGCAUGA